AUGAUUUCUUCCAGUUGCUGGGUGCCCAGAGGCUUCGCUGCCGAGUUCCCCGAAAAAUACGAGUUAGACGACGCGGAGAUGGACAGAAUCACCAAGAUGGCUCAGCUAGAGUUGGAGGAUGCCAAGGAAGACUUGCAAGAGGCCGAAAAGGCGCAAAACGCGCUGACGUUGCAGGACCAGGCCACGGUCGACGAUGACUUGAAGGAGUACAAUCUCGAAAACUACGACAACGACGGCCAGGAGACGGCCGGCGAAUCCGUGGGGUUCUUUCCCGGGUUGAGUGCCACGGAUGCACAGUACGAGGAAAACGACGAGGGCGACGCCUAUCUUUCCUUGCCCACAAACGCAGACCUUCAGGAAGACAAGAAGGAGAUGCAGAUCUACCCCACAGACAACUUGGUUUUGGCCACGAGAACCGAGGACGACGUCCUGUAUUUGGACGUGUAUGUCUAUGACGACGGAGCCGGGGCCCCUAGCGGCUCCAAGGAGGAGCAGGCGGACCGCUUGGACCAGGAUGUGGCCAACGGCAUGACCAGAGAAGCCAACUUGUACGUGCACCACGACUUGAUGUUACCUUCUUUCCCGCUUUGCGUGGAGUGGGUCAACUUCCGCCCCAACGCCGCCGAAUCCACCGAAAACAUCGGCAACUUCGCCGCCGUCGGCACGUUCGAGCCUCAGAUCGAGAUCUGGAACCUCGACUGCAUCGACAAGGCGUUCCCGGACGUGAUCUUGGGUGAGCCGCAGCAGAACUCGUUCACCGGCUUGUCCUCCAAGAAGAAGAAGAAGAAGAGCAAGGGAAAGGAGCACGUGACCACGCAUCACACGGACGCCGUGCUUUCAUUGGCCCACAACAAGAUCCACAGAAACGUGUUGGCCUCCACGUCCGCAGACACGACGGUGAAGUUGUGGGACUUGGUCUCCGGAACCGCGGUCAAGUCGUUCAGCAAAAUCCAUGAGGGUAAGAUCGUGUCCUCGUCGCAAUGGCAUCCCCUGGAGGCGUCUAUUCUCUUGACGGGAGGCUACAAUGGCGCGUGUGCCGUUUCGGACGUCCGGGUGUCGGACGAGAAUCAGAUGAGCAAAUCCUACUACGUGGGCAGCGGCCAGGAGGUCGAGAACGUGCGCUGGGGCGCCGAGCCCGAGAUCUUCUAUUGCGGCACCGACAACGGUAACGUCUACUGCUUCGACGUGCGUGUGCAGGACAAGCCGUUGUGGACGUUGCAUGCCCACGACAGCGGCAUCUCGUCGUUGGACAUCAACCGCAAUGUGCCCGGCAUGUUGAUCACGUCCGCCAUGAACGAGAAGGCCGUGAAGUUGUGGAAGUGCCCCACCGGGAAGGGCGGCCCCUCGAUGGUCUUGUCACGUGACUUCGGCGUCGGCAAUGUGUUGACCACGGCCUUCGCGGGCGACUUCGAGGUUGCCGGCAACUUGACUAUCGGCGGUGUCACGGGUGCCUUGAAGAUGUGGGACUGCUUCAGCAACCGCUCCGUGCGUGCCACGUUCAAGCAGGAGUUGAGCAGCCUACAGAAAGCGGCCAGGGAGCGUGCCGUGGCCGCCGGUAUUGCAUCUAGAAUCGCCAGAAAGUACCAGGGCGACGGCAGCGAAACGCUCAUGACGGUAGAGGCCGGGAAGAUUGACGCCGACUCCGAUUCCGACGAGGAGCCCGCCGGGAUGGAUGAAGACGAGGACUGA